AUGCUUCAACCUCAGAGGACUGCUCAGGUGGCCUUGAGGGGCCUUUUCCUGCGACUUCCGUUUAGAUCUCUGUCAUCAGUUCCCUCUCGACCUUACUCGGCCAGUGUCCGCCAAACAGAAGCUCCCGUUGCGGAAGAGUCCUCCUCGACGACUUCGACGUUCGACCCAAGCAUUGCCUUUGCACCUCCUCCCACUCGCGACGAUUCCGGUGUGCUCCUUCGAUCAUACAAGCCCCGGACUCCCGGUAUCCGACAUUUAAGACGGCCGAUUAACGAUCACCUCUGGAAGGGACGACCGGUCCAGAAGUUGACAUUCCCUAAGCGAGGCCAAAGUAAGGGUGGUCGUAACAACAGCGGUAGGGUUACCGUCCGACACCGUGGUGGUGGCCAUAAGCGUCGUAUACGGAUUGUCGAUUUCGAGCGCGCCGCCCCCGGCCCACACCUUGUCGAACGCAUUGAACAUGAUCCCGGCCGAAGCGCCCAUAUUGCCCUUGUUCGCAGCCAGGAGACUCAACGGCUGACCUACAUUUUGGCGGCGGAUGGCAUGAGAGCAGGAGAUGUGGUGCAGAGCUACAUGCCCGGUAUUCCCGAAGACUUGUGGAAAAGCAUGGGAGGGGUUGUCGACCCUGGUGUUCUUGCGGCCAGAACCGCCUGGCGAGGAAACUGCCUGCCGUUACAUAUGAUCCCAGUUGGGACGCUGAUCUUCAACGUCGGCUUGCGUCCAGGUAAAGGUGGUCAACUGUGCCGAAGUGCCGGUACCUUUGCCACAGUUAUUGCUAAGGGCAGUAACACACAACAGUCCGCCCCGGUGGAGAGCCAAGAGGGCGAGGAUGGGUCAGAAGCAAAAAAGCCAAUGACGCAGCGCGAGAAACAGAAGCAGGAACGCAUCAUUCAGCAUGUCACUAUUCGUCUGCAAAGUGGCGAGGUUCGCUUGAUUCACAAGGACUGCUGUGCUACCGUUGGUGUUGCUAGCAACCCGAACUACCAGUACACCCAACUUGGAAAGGCUGGUAGAUCACGUUGGUUGAAUAUCCGUCCCACCGUGCGUGGCCUUGCUAUGAAUGCUAUGGAUCACCCUCAUGGUGGUGGACGAGGAAAGUCGAAGGGUAACGUUGAUCCAAAGAGUCCUUGGGGCCUUCCGGCGAAAUCUGGCUACAAGACCCGCCCUAAGUGGAAGAUUAAUAAGGCUGUUGUUGUCCCCAGAGUCCGCAACCAGGGUAAGCGUCGCAGAGGAUACAACUAA